CGGCUCCCGGGCAGCGCUGGGCUCCGGGCCGCGUCCCCUUCCCUGCCCCGCUGCUCCCCGGGGCGCCCGCCGGGCCUUGGAGCCGAGCCCUGCCCGCCCGUGCCCGCGCUGCCGUGCGUGUGCUGCAGGGAAAGCCGGAGGAGGAGGAAGAGGAUCCGUUCACGCUAGGAUGAUAAAAAGCCAAGGUGUCGGGUGGUCUAUGGAUGGAUAAGGAGUGAAAGCAGGAAACAGUUGUCACAACUCGCCUGUCAAAAUCAAUUUACUAGUUUUUAGGCUCAGCUAUUUGGAAGAUAAACCCCAGCCACAAAUGAUGGCUCAUCGAUUUUCAAAGGAAGAUUUAGAUGCGCAGUUUGAAGAGUUUCUGAAAGAGUCUCUUUCAGAUGAUUCACUUGGAAAUUCAAAGAAAAAGUCCAGCAUUCUUGAGAAAUUGGGACAGCCCAGGAAAAAAGAAAAGAAGAAAAAGGAUUCAGUGCCAUGGUGGUUAUCUGAGGAAGAUUCAGAUGAUGGUGGAAUUCUUGAAGCCAAUGGAAACUUUGUCAAGAUGCAGAACACUUCACAGCCUGUGGGAGAAAGCCAUGAAAAUAUGGAUGUAGAAAAGAUGCAGCUUCAGAAAAGUAAUGGAGAUGCUGUUGCUUUGAGUAGAGACAGCCUGGAAGCAAAUGAUUCAGUUUUAGCUUCCGGGCCUAAUCAAAGUGUUAUGGAAGUUGGAUUGGAUACCUUGGAAGAACAAGAGGAAAAAGAGAUCUUCUUUGCCAAGCUCGAACGAGAAGCUUCCUCUACGAUUGAUUAUUCAAGAUUAAAUCAAGAGCUGGAUUCCAAUGAUUCUAUCAUACUAGCACCAUUUGUUCGAAAUGAAAAUGCUGAAAAAGAAGAAGAACCUGCACAUGAAGAGAAACCUGGCAGCUACAGUGAAGAUUUUGAAGAAGAAACAGAUACUAGUCCUGCCCUUAAAACUGAGGGGGAUCAGGUGAAUCAAAACAUCUUGUCAGAAGUUGAUUUAAGUCCUCAAGAACAGGAAGAAGAAAACACUGGCAUGCUGGCUAAAGUUGUAUUGCUUGAUUCACAAGAUUCUACUGUAGAACUUCAGAAGGCCAUUGAAACAUCAGAUGUAGCUCCAGGCGAGCAUGAUCAGCCUGAAGAAGUCAGUGCAGUUGAAAUGAACGAAGCAGGUACUUCCUAUGGACAAACCACCAGUGACAUGGAAGCACUACACCAGGCAUAUCAUCACAUUGAUCAGUCUUUGCAGGACACUGAUGAGCAGAAACUGCACAAUUCUGCAGUGGCAGUCUCAGAAGGCUUAAGGCAAAGCAUUUCACAAAAUAAUGACGUCUAUGCAAAAAACAUGUCAACUGUUGAUUCAGAUUUACCUACUGUGGAAGAAUUGAUGAAAACGAUUAAAGGACAUAUGUGUAAUACCAGAAAUUUUGAUGUGGACCCUGAAAGUCCUGUGAAACUGGUAGGCAGCACAGAAAAUGACCUCAUGAGCCACUCACCCUUGGAAGACCCCCAGAGUAAUAGAGCUUGGGAGAAAAACUUAGUUGAAAAGUUUAACAGAGAAGAAAGCAUCUUUCUACAGACAAGUGUGAAUGGUGAUAACUUUCAGAGGAUGACUGAGAAAGAAAUUCAGACCAGUGAAGUACAGCCUGAUAUACUAAGAGAAAAAAUAGGACAAGACUCUCUGCUUUCAAAAGGAAGCAAAACUAAAAAAGCUCUUCGGUCUUGUUCCUUGAAGAAUGAAAGAUCAGAAUCAAUGACAACCAAACCAAUGUCUUAUAAGAAUAUCAGAAGUCCAGCACCUGUACAUAAAAAGAAACCUUCACAUGGUCCUCAUGGACUGGUUAGAAGUUCUGGCUAUGGGAAACCCAGUUUACUUUCAAAGCAGUCUUUUCCAGUUAGUGAAAAGAAAACACCAAAAGAAACUUUCAAAAAUACAUAUAUGAAAGCCAAAAGUCCUGCAGAUAGAGCAAAAUCUAAAGAAGCCUUAUUUGCUACUAGGAUAAUAAGAUCUGCAACAAAUGAACCAACUUUGGAGGGAAGUAUUAACAGAGUUUUGUCUGGCCAAUCAGUUGUUAGUAAUCUUGGACACCAGGCUGUGGAUUAUAACAGGCAAUAUCAUCAUGACUUGCCAUUUUCCCCUUUCAAAAGUUGUGAUAGAGAGCUGUAUUUGUUAAAACGAGUACAAGCAGCAGAGGAGGAGCUGAACACAGCUCGGGAUCUGAUUCAGCAGCUGGCCAGCAAGCUUUCACAAAAAGAGAAGGAGAUGGAGGCCAAGGUAGCGGAACUGAAAACACAGCAUGAAAAGGAGCUUUCCUCUCUGGGUCAGGAAAACUAUGUUCUUCAGAGUAAGCUAAGAAAUAUGGAAGAGACGGCCCAAGAAAAAAGGUGGAGCCAUUCAACAACAAUUCCUGUAACUGAGGAAAAACUGGCACAGAUACAAAAAGAGAUUGAAGAUCAAGAAGUGAUUAUUCAAGGUUAUCAACAGGAAAAUGAGAGGUUAUACAAACAAAUGAAAGAGCUACAAAUCCAGAACAAAAAAAAUGAGGAACAAAUGUUUAAGGAGAAUCAGUGCUUAAAGUCUGAAUUAAUACACUUAAGGGAGAAGAUAGAGAAGACUAAUAACCAGUCACGAAUCAUGCAGGAUUCUGAACCAGCCAGAAAUCAGAGUUUCACAGAAUUGAUUUCAGAGCUUCGGGCAGCACGGAAAGAAGAAGCUAAAUUACAAGAAGAGAUAAGACGUCUAAAACAAGAUAAGCAAGCUCUUGAGGUAGACUUGGUACAAGCCAAGAAAGAGAGAGAUUUAGCGAAAGUCCAGAUCGCAUCUGCAUCAAGUGAGAAGUCUUAUGAAUUUAAAGUUAUGGAAGACUCAUACAAACAAGAAAUAACUCAUUUAAAAAAAAGACUUCAGUGGUAUGCAGAAAAUCAAGAUCUUCUGGAUAAAGAUGCAGCCCGUCUUAAAGAUGCAAGAGAAGAAAUUGAGAAACUAAGACUCGAGGUUGAGAAGCUCAGAGCAGAAGCAGGAGAUCAGUGUGUGCAACAGAAGAAACGUUUGCGAGACAGAGCAGCGGAUGCUAAAAGAAUUCAGGAUCUUGAGCGACAAAUCAGAGAAAUGGAAGGAAUUCUAAAAAGAAGGUAUCCAAAUUCUUUGCCUGCUUUGAUUUAUGCUGCUGCUGCUGCUGAGAAAACAAAUGAUCUUUCAGCUAAAACAAAUACAGUUGAAUUUUUGGAGAGAAGAAUAAAGAAAUUGGAAACAGAACUUGAAGGUAAAGAUGAUGAAGCUAAGAAAAGCCUGCGUGCCAUGGAACAACAGUUUCAAAAAAUAAAGAUACAGUAUGAACAAAGACUUGCAGAGCUUGAGCAACUUCUUGCCUAUGAAUUUAUGAAUGAAACACCAAAACUGAGUGGUGGUAAAGCAACUUCUGCAGAACUUGAACAGGAGCUUCAAAAUCUAAAGGAGACCCAUCAGAUCACUGUUGGAAACCUCCAAACAGAAAUUGAAAAUCUUAAAAGUCAAAAUUCCCAAUUAAAACUCAGAAGUAAAAAUGAUAAUAAAGACUUAGAGUCCAUGGACUCCAAGAUAAAACAUGGUAACACAAAAGACAGGUUGUUAAAACUAAAUGAAGAACUGGUCACCAAAAAUAGAGAAAUACAAGACCUCACAAAAACUGUAGAGAAACUUCAAAAAGAAAGGAUGGUGAUGUUGUCUGAUAAUAAUUUGAGAAAUAGAACAAACACUAAUAGAAACUCUACAGAGGUCUUGAAAAAGAAUGCCUCAGCAAGAGAUAGAAGGAAUUCCAACAACAAUGAACCCUGUCUAAGCAUUUUCAGUGAUGACAAAAUACAGCAACCACAUACCUCUUCUGAUUCUCAUCUCUCGGAAGUUCUGCAAGAAAAUGCACAUCUGAAAGAAGAGCUGGAGAGACUGUCCCUAGAAAUGAGCCAGCAGCGGGUGACGUCUCAAGCAGCACUGGCUUAUUCUGAAAGUAACAUGCGAAGGAUGCAGGAAGACACAGCAGAAUACAUUGCAUCUCUGAAGGCUUCCCACCAGAGGGAAGUCGAGAAGCUUGUUUGCCAGCAUGCAAAGGAACAUUCUACUUCUAAAGUAGCUGAACUAAAGAACAGAGUUUCAACACAGGAGAUAUUAAUAAAACAUCUUCAAGAACAACUUGGUGAACAAGAGAGGCGUCAAGAAGCUCUUCUCAUUUCACAGAUAAGAGAGCAACUCCUACAAAAAGAGGUGACAAAACUGUUGGAAGAACUGAGAGAGGCUAGGGAGAGCCAGAGUCCUGAAAUGAAACAUUUCUUGUGCCUGGAAAAGAAAAUCAAGCAUAUAGAGAACAGACAUGCAGAAAGAGAGCAUGAAAUUCAGAAGGCAACCCAACUGACACAGCACAUUUCUGAAAUAAGGCAAACCCAGGAGGUUGAGAAGUGGCGAAGGCUGGCACAGCAGAAGAAUCAGGAGCUGGAGAAAUUUCGGAUAGAGUUGGAUUCAAUCCUAGAUGUCUUACGGGAACUGCAGAAGCAAGGGGUUGUUAUUCCUGCACCCGAUUCCAGUGGAUUCAGAGUGACAGACAGUUGGAACACAUGAUUAGGUACUAGUUAAGUAGAGCAGCAGAAUUUUAAUAUUCAGAGUUAUAUAUCGAAAAUGUUGUUGAAAGUCAUUAUUGUAACGUGU